AUGCUUCAAGUUACUUUUUGCUUUUGUUUUCCGGACCUGCGAGGUAUCGCCGCGUGUGAUGCGUACUUGUUAAAUGUGUGUGUGUGUGUGCUUCUGCAACGCUGUUUACCUUCUGUGUUUGUGCGCUCUUGGAUAUUACGUGAGGCCGCAGCUACAUUGCUGGGUACCAACUUGCCUGCCUUCUGGUUCCACCUGACGCGUGUAGGAAGUUCCCUCACGAUGCGGAAAACGCACCCGGCGAUUGCGGAGCUGAAGCGGCGGAACCGUGCGGCUGGGCAGCGGCUGGCGCCGAUUAACGCGCGAGUCACAAAUAUCGCGCCGAGGCCACCAAGUCAUCCCCGAACUUCCAUGUCCGCCCAGCCCACCGCCUCCACCGUCCGUUCGUAUCCACACGCGCAGGACGCUCCUUCUCGCACGUCGUCGAGGUUUGCGUCAACGGCAAACGUGGGGGGCUGCGGUGGCAGCCACACCACCACUACCACCACCGCCACCUCCAUGGCCACAAACCGUAGCAGCGGCAGAGCCAAGUACAACGGUGUGUCGAGGACACCCGUGCACCACAUGCCGUCCAAACCCCAGUCCACUUUGCUUCAGGCCAGGGCAAGGACUAGUGCCGCACAAGAGGACCGCGCUUCACUGCGAGAAGGGGGAUCUUUGCUGCCUGGGUCAGACGCGGCAUCGCGGGGCACCGAAGUUCAAGCAACCGCCCGAGACUCGAUGGUGUCGCAAGACACCCUCUUUGACAGCAGUUCCCAGUUAUGGGGUAAUGCUCACUGCAACCGAAUGGUCAAAACCACCACCUCUUCUGCACCGAACGCCGACGCAAAUGAGGAAGAGGAGGUGGCGUCCUUGGAGUGCUACAAGCAUAGUGAAGCUUGGAACCACAAGCUAUCUCAGCAAGUGCUGGAUGUGCUAGAGGGAGAAAGAAUGGAGGAUCCCUUCACUACAGAUCUCUGGACGCGCCCUUUAAAAGGGGUGACUGAAACCUUCUCCGGCUACUAUGCCUGCGUUCGCUGCCAUGUGCCUCUUGUGGCGCCGACCUACCAGAUCCUUUACUCGGUGCGCGGGAUCGCGGCGUUUUCACGAAUGAACACACAAGCUGUGGAGGUGCGAGUUGGCGGCGUCGCGGCCCCAACUUCUUCCUCCUCAGCGCAAAGGAGGGACUCAUUAGAGCUGAAGGUGCACUGUCACUGCUGCGGAGGGUUUCUGGGUCUUCUCGCCCCUUCCACCGAGAUUGAGUUGGAAGCAGGGGCUCGAAGCGUUUUUGCAGUGAACAGUUGCUGUUUAGAGUUUGUGAAGGGCGCCCGCACACAGUGUCGCCUGGAUGAAAUUUACGGUGAGGACGAGGACGAUGUAACCAGCGGGGUCGCAGCAAAAGCCUCGCGCGGCAGUAUAGGGAUUGACUUCGAUGACCCCGGUAUCUUUGAGAUGUAA